CUUGUCGCAGUUUACUUACCGCAGGCUUGCGCACUUGAAGCCCCCAUAUUCACGCACACGCGCGCACACAUUCCAGCAGUGACUGUGUUGUGACCGCCUUGCUUCCAGAAACGGACGUGCUUUUGGAUGUACCAGCCGGCGUCUCCGUUCAGCGAUGGUGUGAAGAGCUGCUGGAGGCAGGCUAGGCUUCGAACCGUGGAUUCAGGUUCGAGCGCGUGACGGGCUCAGAAUUCAACAGCUUCUCAGUUCUACCGCUGCCUGUUGACGAAUGACUCACACCGAUAACCGGAGUUAAUGAGGGACCAGUAAUACAGAAAUGUCAAUCCCUCCCAGUUAGCGACAACCCAACAAUGAUGGGGAUAUAAAGGAGGGCUGGCCAGAUGGUGUUGAAAGCACUGGAGAAGUCAAAAAACAUGACCCUCACAGUGCUCGCUGGCUUGUCCACAAGGGCGUAGAUGCGGUUGAGCAGGAAGAUGAUGGCAUCCUCAACUCCCAGUCAGGGCUGGUAGGCGAACUGGAGGGGGUCCAGGAGAAGUCAGACCAUGGGCUGCAGCUGUUCCAGAACCAGUCUCUCAAGGGUCUUCAUAAAGUGGGAGGUCAGUCCCACUGGUCUGUAGUCCUUGGAGCCACUAGGACGUGGCGUCUAUGGCACAGGAACCAGGCAAGAUGUCUUCCACAGCACAGGGACCCUUUGAAGACUCAGGCUCAGAGUCUGCAGCUCUCCUCUCAGGGACAGUUUUCUGCAGCCCUUCGCUGGUCAGGGGCCUGCCUGGCAUCUCUCAUCCAUAUCAUUCCUCUUUUCAUCCACCCAUCCUUCCCUCUGUCAUGAAAGGCCUGUCCAGUAGUCGGAGUCACCAUCACGUGGUCUCCUAUGAACCAUCAUACGAUCCACUGGGUCACCAUGUUGACCGCAAGCCAUAUUUGAUCAGUCAGAAUGACAUGCCUUUGCCCAUUCCCAUGCCACAUCCAGCUGAGCUGCCCUACUACAAUUCUCAGCGUACCUCAUACCCCUCUGACAGCAACAGCAUCGUCCCAUAUGGAACCUUCCCAAGGAGGUGCCACUCCACCUCCUCAUCUCACCAUCCUGAGGUAAAGGAUGAGUGUAUGGCCAUGGUACCAUAUGUAGGAGGAGGAGGGGGAGGAGGAGGAGGAGGAGGCUAUGGAGGUAAAACACCCACCCGGGUACCAGCAAACUUUGCGGACCCGUUUGAGCGUCAGCUGUCAUUUUCCAGAGAUGGCUAUCACACACUGCAGUACAAACGAGGAGUGCUGGCCCACAGUGGGGGGAUGGGGGCCAACAACAACAACAAUGACAGCCCAGGGAGAAUUCGCCACCUUGUCCACUCAGUCCAGAAACUCUUUACCAAGUCACAUUCAUUGGAGGGGCCACACCAUACACAGUCCUCCAAGGGGGCCAAUAAUGGAAGCAUUAAUGGUAGUGGUGGUGGGGGUGGUGGUGGAGGAGGUGGUGGUGGUGGUUCAAGGGCCAGCCCAGAAGGUGAAACUCCACCAGUGGGAGUGCGCCACAGGAAGCGCAGCAAGAGCCGUGAGCGCUGUCGAUCAGCAGAGCCCAAGCAUCGAAGCCACCACCACCACCACCACCAGCUUCACGGCUCAGCAUCUGCUCCGGGCUCUGGAUAUUGGAGCUCAGAUGACAACCUGGAACGGGAGCUGUGUCUCUACCACCCUCACCACCAUCAACCCCCACCCUCACCCUCACCCUCCAUUUCCCCCUCGCCCAUCGCCAUGACAAUGGGCCGGUAUCCUGGCAACAACCCCGACAAGUUCCCCCAGACUCCCCUCCCUAGUCUCUCCUCCUCGCAGUCCCAGCAGUACUUUAUGAUGGACCCUUACAGCACACUCAGCGAGCACACACACACCCAUGCACACCAUGGCCACACACACCACCAUUCUGCACUCAAAGCCUCCCGGAGCAACAACGAUGUGAAGUAUGCAGUGUCGUCGGCAUGUGUGCCAGUUAGUGGUAGCAGCAAUAACAGCGGUGGCGGUAUCGGUGGAGGAAGUGGCCCCUUGCUGCCCCUGGGUCUUGUGGACGGGCCCCUUGUGAAGAAAGGGGCAUGGUCGUCAAGCCUAACGGUGAGCAGGGCCCGAGAGGUCUACACCAACAACAGCAGCCACAACCAGCUACGAGCCAGCGCAGGAUCCGGUAACCUAAACCUAGAUAGAGCUCUAGUCAAAUCUAAGGGCAGUCAGCAGCAGGAGCGCUCUUGCCAUUUCUUACAGGUACCUCAGGAUGAGUGGAGCAGCUUCUCACCUCUGGGGAAGGAGGACGAUAUCCCCUGUCGGAGGAUGAGGAGCGGCAGCUAUGUCAAAGCCAUGGCUGAGGACGACAGCGGAGACUCUGACGGAAGUCCCAAACCCUCUCCCAAAAUCCAGGCACGCCGGGCCAGCUACCUGAAAGCCACACAGCCAUCAUUGACUGAGAUGACCACCCUACAGCUGAGUGAGGUGGAAGUGAACGGACAGAUUGAGCAAGUAUGUGAGCAGGUCUACAGCGAGAUGCAGUCCCAGGCAAUGGAGGCUGCCAUGGACAGCAUGGACACCAUGGACACCUUGCCUAUGCCAGGAUGCUUCAGGAUGCGAAGCCACAGCUAUGUGAGGGCGAUCGACCAGGGCUGUGCUGGGGAGGAGGAAGGAGAAGGAGGGAGACCACUCCUCCUGUUGCCAUCCUCCCCACCUCGCACAUCUGCCACCACUGUCAGGACCAUCCAGAGCAGCACAGGUGUGUCCAAACCUUUAAUGCCAGAGGCCCCAACAGAUGCAUAUAUGGAAGAAGAGGGACCCAGAGGUGACAUGACCAUCCAAUCAGGGCUCAGUAACUCAACAGAAAGCAUUGACAGUAUGAAGGCCUUGACAGCUGCCAUAGAAGCUGCUAAUGCACAGGUCCAUGGACCAGCCAGUCAGCAUGUCAGUAACAGCACCAUGACAGUCAGCAUACCCACCCCCUCAGUCCUCAGCAGGGGGCCAGUUAUUGAAGACCACCGAGAUGGAUACAGGAAAGAAGCUUUCAGGAAGGGCAAAUGUCUCUCCAUAGGCAUCCAGGUGGAUGGACCUGAGGAGGUUCCGGAUCCAGAAGACCCAUCCAAGUUCACCUCUGUAGGGGUGCAAGUGGAGGAUGACAGAGGGUACCGUCGUUUUCAGCGCUCCAACAGUGUGACAACUGCUGUACAGGCAGAUCUAGACAUGCCAGACUUGCUGGACACCCCUCUUGACUACCCAGACACUGACACGGAAGUCCUGCCAUCUGGUGCCAUUUCUCGGCAAUACUCCCGUGAUGCCACCACCUCCACCGUCAGCAUCCAGGGCUCAGGGAACCACUACCACGCCUGUGCCUCCGAUGACUUUGAGGAUGUGGGCUUUGACCCAUCCAUCCUCCCCCCUCCAGACCCCUGGAUAGACAGUGUAACAGAUGACCCACUUGAUGUCAGCUUCAACAGCUCUACUAUUUUAGAGGUGGUGCAGCGGUCAGUGUGUCAGAGAGAUGGACGCUGGUUUCUGAAGCUGCUACAGGCAGAGACCGACCGCAUGGAGGGCUGGUGUCAACAGAUGGAGCUCGACCAGCGGGAGAAUGACCUGCCUGAAGAUAUCCUUGGGAAGAUGAGGAGUGCUGUUGGAAGUGCUCAGCUUCUGAUGUCCCAGAAGUUUCAACAGUUCAGGGAGCUGUGUGAGGAGAAUCUGAACCCCAAUGCCCAUCCUCGUCCUGUGGCCUCAGACCUGGCAGGUUUUUGGGAUAUGCUUCAGCUGUCAAUCGAGAACAUAAGCCUCAAGUUUGAUGAGCUUCACCAGCUCAGGGCCAACAACUGGAGACCCCUGGAUCCCCCUGAGAGGAAGGAGAGGCGGCUCCCACCUCCAGUGCCAAAAAAGCCACCCAAGGGCCCCCACCACCAUCCCCCUCUGGCCAGAGACCGCUCACUGGAGAGCUCAGAGAAACAGCGGCAGGAGGCCAGGAAGCGCCUGAUGGCUGCCAAAAGAGCCGCAUCCGUACGGCAGAACUCCGCUACGGAGAGCGCUGACAGCAUUGAGAUCUACAUCCCUGAGGCUCAAACAAGACUAUGA